UUGCAAGAAAAGUAAUAGCAAAUCCAAUGAUUGCGAUCCGGAUGGAAGCUUGUGAAUGAAAAAAUCUGUGCAAGAUGUACAUAUAAAAGCGGACAGAGAUUCCCAAGAGGUAAGAAGAAAGAAGAGAGUGUAAGAUAAGGCAGUGAAUGAAAAUGGAGGGUGUUCGAAGAGCUGUGCUGGUACUGCUUGUGGGGUGUUGGGUAUCCUUGGUGAUCACUCGACAAGCUUUGGCUGCAAAACAUGUGGUUGGAGGAAGCCAAGGCUGGGACGAAUCCACCAACUUCGACUCCUGGACGUCUGCUCAGACAUUCAAAGUCGGCGAUCAGCUCGUGUUCAAGUACACGCAAGGCCUGCACAGCGUGGUCGAGCUCGCUGGUGAAGCCGCCUUCAAGAACUGCGACAUAGGCACGAGCAUCAAGUCCCUUGGCACCGGCAACGACAUCGUCAAGCUCGACAAGCCCGGCACCCGCUACUUCGCCUGCGGGACCCUCGGCCACUGCGGCCAGGGCAUGAAACUCAAGGUCACCACCAUCGCCGGCAGCGCCCCGUCCACUCCGGCGUCAUCCUCUUCGUCUUCAUCCUCUGCGGCUUCGGCGUCUGCUGCCAGUCCUGGUUUUCCAGGCUCGGCAUCUCUCGUGUCCCCGAUGGUCCUGGUGAUCCUCUGUGUGUUCUGGGUCUUUUGAAUGUGUUUUUUGGUGAUGAUAGUGGUAAUGAUACAGAGCAUACUGGAAGAGGAACUGUUUGGUAGAUGCGUAAAUUGUUUUGAUUGGAUAUCUAUUUAUGAUGUUUGUUGUUGUAGAAGUUGGGAGCGAGAGGUUCUUGUAAUUAGUGAAGCGAAUUCAAUUUGUCAUUCGUUGCUACUUGAUAGACGACUACAUUGUAUGACGUUCUGGGCCUUUAGAGUGUAUGUUUCUGGAGAGAAACCAUGAAUUUGCCGUUUGUUUUAACUAAACUUUGUGUUUGAAU